GUAAACAAAAACAAUUUUCGGUAUUUCAAGUUGUGAUUGCAUUUGGUUAGGGCUUAAAAAGCCGAUUGAAAAAUACAAUGUCACGUAAAUCAUUGUCGAAAAAAGAGCCAGCAAUUUGGUAUCUAUGUAAUAGCUGUAAAUGUAACGUUUUUGCCAAGGAUCGUGAACAACAUUCGUGCACUGAACAAGAGAGUGAUGAAUCAAAGCAACAAAAUUCCACAUUUGUGAAGAAUAAGAAACUUUUCACGAAUCAAUUCGCAGAGAAAUCAGUCACAGAUGAUUUGAAAGGAAUAAACGCAAAUAAAGUGAAUAAUUUGAUAUUUCUACACGAAUCAAUCUUUCCACUGUGUGAUUUGGUAUUGGGUGAUUAUGUUUUGGUGUCAUCAUCAGCUCUAGCCAAAAAUACAUCAAUCGUCCGGAGUGCCUGGCCGAUGUCGACCGCAAAUCAAGGGAUUGUUUGUGUUUCACAAGAAGAGCUGCGAACAACAUGGAAAUCAACGCUUGACUUGAGAAUAACAAUAGAAAAACUGUCCAAUGACUUGAUACCUGCUUCGCAAAUAUCGCUUCAACCUGAAGACGCAGAAACUAUUGACGAAAAUGUGUGGCCAGACAUUAAAAGGGUGCUCUCGAUCCAAAUGAGAGGGAAUAUCUACUGUGUGAAUAACGAAAUUUCUGUGAAUUUUUUCAACAAACCAUUUAAAUUCAUAGUCAAAGAGCUUAAGUCCAACCCAUCAAGUGAUGAACUUCAAAGUUUGGUCGAUCAAUUCCAAUCGAUGCAAAUAAAUGCGGAAAAGUGUUUUUUGGUCACGAGUUCAACGGCUUUAGAACUACAUCAAUCAACACGUGUAGAAGAUGAAGACAGUAAGGCCACGACGCGUCCAAAGAUCGAUCAAAUCGGUGGAAUGACCGAAGUGCUUACUCAAUUAAAGGACUGUAUGAAUAUUGCAUUGGGAAAUACUACGUCAGGCUCUAGUUUCUAUGUACCACGUUCCGUCAUAUUGAGUGGUCAAAAUGGAAGUGGAAAGACUCUCCUCUGUGAUGCCGUCAUCGAACAAAGUGACGCACAGAUCAUUCGAGUAACCGCCUCGGAGAUAUUUAGCAAAUAUUUCGGCGAAUCAGAGUCAAAAUUGGUUGGAUACUUCGAAAAAGCAUACAAAAACCACCCAAAUCCAACGAUAAUAGUGAUUGAAGAAGUGUCAAGCAUCAGCCCGAAAGAAACGAAAGAAGAGUCAUCGAAGCGUGUCCAAAUGGCAUUUUUAAACAUUCUCGACGAGAUUCACAUCCGAAAAGAUGCGAGCCGAUUAUUUCUCGUGACAACCACCAGCAAUGUUGAUAAUGUGAAUUUGGCGGUGAGACGGUACGGUCGAUUGGAUGUUGAAAUUGAAAUACCCGUGCCCGAUCCCAUUACAAGAGAGCAAAUUCUAUUGAAACAAUUGAAAUUUGUGAAGCACACGUUGAACGAAGAAGAUGUGAAAAACAUUGCGAAUAAUAGUCAUGGUUUUAUCGCUUCAGAUUUAUCGAAUUUAGUGGCAAAAUCAGCGAUGCAUGCAGCUAGGAAGAAUACAUCUGGUGAACCGUUGAUUGAGUUGAAUGACAUUCAAUUUGCCUAUUGUCAGGUGGUGCCGAGCGCCAUGAAGGAAGUGGUUAUCAAGUGUCCGAAUGUGAAAUGGUCGGAUAUUGGUGGUCAAGAUGAGUUGAAAUUGCAAUUGAAGCAGGCCAUAGAAUGGCCAUUGUUGCACCCGGAAACAUUUACUCGCCUGGGAAUUCAACCACCGAGAGGCGUUCUUAUGUUUGGCCCACCUGGUUGUUCCAAGACAAUGAUUGCCAAGGCACUUGCCACUGAGAGUAACGUCAACUUUAUAUCCAUCAAAGGCCCGGAAUUAUUCUCAAUGUGGGUGGGUGAGUCAGAACGCGCUGUGCGCGAUUUGUUCCACAAGGCACGUCAAGUAGCUCCGUCGAUCAUAUUUUUCGACGAAAUCGACGCAAUCGGUGGAGAGAGAUCGGCCUCAGCCAGUGGAUCUUCGGUGAAAGAACGUGUUCUAACGCAACUGUUGACGGAAAUGGAUGGUGUGAAUGCAUUGAUAAACGUAACGAUUGUUGCCGCUACAAAUCGACCGGAUUUGAUUGACAAAGCCAUCAUGAGACCUGGCCGAUUGGAUCGUAUUGUUUACGUUCGACUACCAGACGCAAAAACACGACAAGAAAUCUUUCGCAUUAAAUUAUCUAAAAUGCCGUUGGGUGAUGAUGUUAGCAUUGGUUCACUCGUUGCUCAGUCCGAAGGAUAUUCUGGUGCCGAAAUUCAAGCAAUUUGCCAAGAAGCUGCGAUGUAUGCACUUGAAGAUAACCUGAACGUCGAAACCAUUGCAUGGAAGUACUUUGAUAAGGCACUCACCAAUGUUAAACCACGUACUAGUCCAGAGCUGCUAAAAUUGUACGAUGAUUAUUCGAAUGAAAGUUUAAAGGUCUAAAAAAAUACGUAAAUUUUAAAAAAAUAUUAAAAAAAAAAGUAUA